AUGUCUGAACAACCACCCACCAACCCGCAAACGGAAAAAGGUCCUAAUGAUUCAACGACCAGUCCAGCAACCAGCCCUCCACAGGCAGGGAGUCGUCCUUCUGGGCCGAGCCUGCCAACUCCUCCUGUAGGCAAUGGUCUCUUGAUAACGGUUAUGAGCGAUGGCAAUUUUCCCAUACUAACUGUGGCUUUGGCGAUGGUCCUUGCUCGAUAUAAAGACACCAACCCCUACGUCUGUCCAGUUGUUUACAAGCUGGCCUUUGGUCAUCCGACGGUUGAGGACGACAAAAUCACGGCCACCCCCCUACUCAGGACAAUACAAAAAGGACAAAUUACGGAACUGCAAAAAGACGAAAAAGAGAAUUACUCUUUCACGGAUCCUGUACCAGCCGGCAAGGGUUAUGAGCGUGCCAUAGUUGCCAAAAACGACUGUCCACUACUUGAGCAGAUCUCUAUCAACGUAAACGAUGGCACGGGGUUUCAACCUGUGCAAAUUUGGAGGAGCGUAGGCUCCACCUACAAAUUGGCCACAAAUUUUGCACCUAUUCUGCGCAUUUAUGGUUGGAUUGAUCCUACGAUAAAUGUGUCUCCGGGUCAGAUUCUUCAAGAGAAUGGACCCGGGGACCUCCUUUGGGAGGCGGAUCCCAGUACCCUCAGGGUAGUCACCAUGCUACAGCUGACAUUCGACCUCACUACGCAAAAGCUUGCUCUAAAGCCAUCACCUUGA